GUCAGUCAGUCAUUAUUAGUCUAAAAUCCACAUUCAGCUCUCCAGAUCGCUCCAGAUGCGCACAUGUUGCUCGGAUUUAUCUGCCAGCGGACUUCCGUCGAGUUAAGUCACUUCAAGAGAUAAAAUGAUGCACUGGACUGAAAUGAAGAAAGAUGAGCUCGGGAGGCAGUAUUCACCCAGCCUCUGGUCGCACAGGAUGUCCGCGGACGACGUGAUCAAGGCUCACGUGAAGGCUCUAAAGGAAGGUACGGAGCGUGCCCGUGGCCUGGCUCAAACGUUGCUCAACGUGCCAUAUGGGGAGGGAGAUGGGGAGAAACUGGAUGUCUACAUACCCAGCACCAACUCUUUGGAUGUACCCCUUGUUAUUUACCUACAUGGAGGCUACUGGCAGUUUCUCAGCAAGGAGGAAUCAGGAUUCAUGGCUGUUCCGCUCGUUGAUAAAGGUGUAGUGGUGGUUGCCGUCGGCUAUGACAUCGCCCCCAAAGGCAACAUGGACCUGAUGGUGUCUCAAGUACGCAGGAGUGUUGUGUCUGUUGUUCAGCAGUAUUCUCACAUCAGUGGUCUGUACCUGUGUGGCCACUCUGCUGGGGCUCACCUGGCUGCAAUGGUGCUUUCCACCGACUGGUCGCAGUACAGCAUCACUCCUCAGAUCAAAGGUGCUUUCCUUGUCAGUGGCAUAUAUGACCUCCUGCCCAUCCUGUCCACCUACGUCAACGAGCCUCUGAAGAUGACAGAGGAGGUGGCGGUGAGGAACAGUCCCAGCAAGCUCGUCCCUCAGCUCAAACUCUCCUCCUCCAGCUGCCACAUCAUUGUGGCCGUCGCAGAGAACGACUCGCCGGAGUUUCGCAAGCAGUCGGAAGAAUACUACAAAACUUUGGAGGCGUCAGGACUUGAUGUGACCAUGGAGGAUGUGGCGAGCACUGACCACUUCAGUAUCAUUGAGCAACUGGUAGAUGGGGAGUAUCACCUAACAAAGCUUCUCUUGAAGACGAUGGGGAAGAGCUGAGGCGGCGGUCUUUCAUCCAUCAUCUAAUAUCAACAUACCUCUGUAUCAACACCUCUGAACAGAGUCAUCGUGCACCGUUACUGAUAAUAUAUGCAUUAAUUCAGGUUUGUACAAUGGUAAAUGUACAAUUUUUAAUCCUUUUGAUUAGUCAACAAUGAGGUGGCAUGGAUUGUUUUAACAGUCUAGUUUACUGUAUCAUUAGUUAUAUGUUCACUGUGCUUUCAGAAAAACGUGUUAUGAAAACAUGGUGUACCUAAAACUGAGUCACUUCAAGGAUGGUGAUUGUAGCAAAUUAUUCUGCUGUUAAACCUGCUCGUAUUCAGUUGUAAACAGAUUAUAUAACGACAUAGUGCACAAUGUUAUCACCAGGAAGUACUGUUCCACCAGCACACUAAAAGUUGUAGAAAUGAUAGUUAGUUUUGGCCUAUUUCCAGUGUUUUUUUAAAAGGGUGGGUCUGUCUGUUUUGUGUUUUUCUUUCUCGUGACAAUCUGUACCAUAACUUAGAAAGUUCAUGGGUAAGACAACAAUAGGAGCUCAUGACAACAGCACUGAUAUAAUAAUAAUAAUAUAAUAAACAAAGUGAAUGUAGCUUUUCAUUGUAACCUACACAAUGCUGACAUCUCACCCAGCAGGGAACUUUAAUGAACACUAUUAUAUAUAUACUAAUAUAUAUUUGCACAGUUUAUUUAAUCAUAAUUUAGCAGACAACUGAUAUUUAAAUACACAUAUUUUUAAAGAACAAAUGGGACUAAAUUUAACUGAUGCACAUUGUUACUGCGCUCAUUCUAGCAUCUUGAAUAAUUGUUUACAUUAUUGUUUGCACAAAGUGUUCUGUGAAUCAUCUCUGUAGAUUAUAAAGACAAUCAUCACAAUAAAUAUUUAUAUUUGAGAAUCCCUGUAAUGACAGUUUUUUUUGUGUAUGCGUGCCAUUAAAUGAGAUUUGCUGUAA